CCCUUUUAAGUCUAAAAUAACGCGGCCACUACAAAGCACAUAAAGCCACAAAUAUACUCCGUAUUAUAAUUAAAACCGCACCAUUCAGUUGACCGCCCAUUCAUCUCCUUACAUACAUAUUAACUCCAUCUUCUUCACCCAAAAACACAGUAGCAAUUUUUUUCAAUUUCAAAGAAGGAGAAAAAAAAAACCCUAAUCCGAAAAAAAAGCCACCAUAACUCCAUAAUCAUGUGUUGCUGUGAUGGUGAUUGCAGGCCAUUGGGCUUUUUAUUGGGCCUUCCUUUCGCUUUCUUAUCUCUCCUCCUCUCCAUUGUCGGCAUAAUCAUUUGGAUCGUCGGAUUGACGUUGAGUUGCAUAUGCCCGUGCUGUUUGUGUGUGACCGUCUUAGUGGAAUUGGCACUUGAGUUGAUCAAAGCCCCUAUUCAUGUCAUGGAGUGGUUUACUUCUAAGAUCCCUUGUUAAUUUUUUAUUAAUAUAUAUUUUUUUUUAAUUUCAAGUUUAAUUUAGUUUUAUGAUUUUUGUAAAUUUCAAUAAUUAAAUUUCUGGGGUUUUGUGUAUUUUAAUGAUGAUCAAGAUGAUUUUUGACUUGUAUAUUGUUCAUAAUAUGGAUUCUUUUUCGGAGUGAGUUGUGAUGUACUUUUGUGAUUUACUAAGCUUUUAGUUUGUAUCGAUUAUUUGGUCAAAAUCUUGCACAUUAUUUUCCGGACGUUAA